AGCGCUACGGCUCCGACCGCAGACCACGACCAGCCCUUGGGCUCCAGAGCUACGACUUUCCUGGUUUCUUCUCAGCCAGACGGGUCUGCGGUAGCGCACCUGCGCUGGGCUCAGGGACACAGCGGCCGAGUCUCCGGACCGGGAGGUCCCGCGAAAUUCGGAGUCCUUUGGCCGCCUCAGCGGCGCGCGGGCUCCUUGUCCGCCGCGGCGGAGGGGUCGCGGGGUGCUCCGACCGAAUCUCUGGACGCGAAACGUUCUUAAUCUACCGCGGCGACGGGCGCGAGCUGACUGGGCCUCAGGUGGGACGGGCUCACUCUCCCGCCGCAGCCGACGACUCAGGCGCCGUGGGCUGUCGGGCCCGGCCCUGUCGUGGUGCUAGAGAACCGAAGGCCCUGCUAAUCGAGGGAGGGGAGCUGAGGUACCUGUCGCGGCCUGCAGCUUUUCCUCCAGGCCGGGCGGAGGCCACACGCACCUUUCCAACGGGUUUUUCUAGGGGCUCUGUUAUUUGUGACCACAAUGAAAAGUUCAGACAAUGAUGAUGUGAUAACUGACAGACUUCCCAAGCUCAAGAGCUCAAACGAAUGGCUGGAGCCCCAGCCACUUUCCUUCAUGGAGGCAUUAGCUAAAGAAGAUAUUGAUGCAGCUAUUCAAUCAAUAUUAUACAGAGAAAAUUAUAGAAUUAAGGAACUAGGUAAGUAUUUAAAGCAUCAUGACUUCUUAAAUGCAAGAAGAAAAGAGAUAUUAUAUAAAAGAUGGGUUGAUCAUGUGGCACAUCCUCUCCAGAAGAAAAUUAUAGAAAAUGUUACUUCACAUAAGAAGAUUAAAAAAAGGAGACAAGAGGAAUUAGAUGGUUUUUUAAAAUACGUAAAUAAAAAGGGAAAUGCAUUUAUAGAGCAUUAUGAUCCAAAAGAAUAUGAUCCUUUUUACAUGAACAAAGAGGACCCGAAUUUUCUGAAGGUUACAAUCCCACCAUUUCGUGACCCUUUGAAAAAGGCACAAUAUGACAAAGACGAUGGAAAAAGAAUUCUUCUGCAGUGUGAGACUGGCAAAAUAUUUACAAUGAAAGAAUUUAAAGAGGUUGAGAAGGCCAAACUGCGUUCCAGAUUUCCGGGAAUUUCUAAUUCAAGGCACUUUAUGACUCCAAAUGAGUGGCUUAAACUGCCUACAAACUACAUAGAAAGUGAAUUUUGUAAAAGGAGCAGGUUAAAAGUAAAAGUGAAUUUUAACGAAAGUAGUUUUGACUUGAAACCCUCUACAAAAACUGCUCAUCUUCUGGAAUCCCAGGAAGAAGAAAAAGCAGUUGUUUACAAGCAUUGGCUAGAGAAGACAUUGAUGAAGCUGUAUACGCGAUAUUAUUUAGAGAAAAUUAUGUUGCGAAGCUAAGAGUUGGCUACAGAGAAUGGAUUCCAAGUGUGUUCUAGAGAUUGGAUACCGUAUUUUCAGCAUCUGGAUGUUUUUAAGGAAAGAAGAAAAGAGUUGUUACAUAAAAAAUGGACUGAAAAUGUUGCAAAGCCUCUUCAGCAGAGAAUUAUGGAAAAAGUAAUUUCAUAUAAAGGGUUGGAAAACACAAAACAAGAGAAUUCUGAAUAUUUUUUAAAGCACACAAAUAAAACGGAAAUUAUAUUUGGAGACUUUUAUGAUCCUGAAGUAUACAGUCCUUUUUAUAUGACAAAAAAGGACUCAAAUUAUGGAAAGGUUACGGUCCCACCGUUCUGUGAUCCUCUGUUUAGAAGACAGCAAGAGUUGGAUGAAGAGCAGAGGGCUGUUUUUCAGUACAAGACGGGAAAAUGAUGUACCUUAAAAGAAUUUAAAGAACUAGAGAAGGCCAGGCAGUAUGCCAGAUUGCCCCAGCUGACGUUCAGUCUCCACAGAGUGGUUCCAAAAGAGCAGCCCAAAGCUUCUGCAAGGCCUGUGGGAAGCAAAACUCGUAGCAAAUGCAGUCCUGAAAAACUUGUCUGUGCAGAAGAAAAAUAUCUGCCUGAUAAAGAGAAAACGACUAGUGACCUAAGUCAGACUGUUUUUGAAAGGCAGUUUUAUUCCUCGAAGCUUGGCCAGGAGAGUAAAAAGCAUGAAAAGAAGAGUCUGGCUUUUAGUUCUGUAGCUUCAAUGACAUGCACCAUCAGACGCCCGAUGCCUGAAGACUUUUGAGAGCGAGCUACAAAAGAGGAAGACGAGUGAUGUUAAUUUCUUCUCUGAGAAUGCAGACAGCACAGUGAUGACGCUAAGCUGUAGAUACUCACAGUCUGUCUUUCUGACCAGCGCCAGCACUCCUCAGCCUCACCUGCCACUGAACUGGGCCUGGCAGCAUCUGGCGGCUCUGUGACUUGGCCCAGGCUGUGUCGCCUGCUGGGGUACCUCGCCACCAUCUCUGCCCAUCUGCAUCCUACACAUCCUUCAACAUGCAGGUCCAAUCUCGCCUCCCGGAUCCCUUCCCUCCUCUGUGCAUCCCAUAGCCUGCUGGGUCUGAACUUCUGUGUCAGUCCAUCCCCUCUGUCAGGAGGGGCCAUGGCACAGCACAGAUUGUUUACUCAUCCUUGUAUUAACCCCUCAACUGCCUAGCAAGAAGUAAUAGUAAUAACAUCAUCAUACAUUAUAUUCAUUCAGCACUUAAAAGCAGCUAAUAUUUAUUGGAUACUUACUUUGUGUUAGGCAUGUGCUCGACUUUUACAUAAGUUACAUUAUGUAAACUGCACAUUUACUCUACAAGGUAGCUCUUUAUAACUGCCAUUGUCAUAUAUGAGAAAACUGAGUCUUAGAAAUGACUAUAACAUGCUUAUGUCACAGAGCUUCUAAAUGGCAAAGUCAAAACUUAAAACAUCAGAUACCAAAGGCCACGUUCUUUUUUUAGAAUUUAUUUUUAAUUAUUAUUUUUUUUGGCUGUGCUGCGUGGUAUGUGGGAUCUUAGUUCCCCAACCAGGGAUUGAACCCGUGCCCCCUGCAGUGGAAGUGGACUGGACCACCAGGGAAGUCCUCAAAGUCUACUUUCUUAACUGCUCACCAUAAUUCCAAUUACAUGUAAACACUUUAGCUUAUAAACUUUUACUUAAGACCUUAUUCUAUUUAAGGAGGUACUCAGAAACACUUUUAAUAUGGAGAGAAAUGAGUUAGUGAACUCAGAUUAUCUUGGUAACUAUAAAGUUAGUUAAGCAGGGUUUGCCCUUAGGGGUUUAAAAACUAACAGAAAAGCUGCUUGGUGAGCUACUGACUUUUCAAAGCUCAGGGCAAGUAGAACCUUCUCUGUGAGAAGUGGCCCACCCCUUGUAUGUGCCCACCCGCCCAGCAGGCACUUGCAUUCAGUUCCCCUUGAAGGCAGGGCUGGGCCAUAUUCAUUUUGUAGGCCCAGUUAAGCCUAGCACAGGGCCUGGCACAGAGUAAGAAAUAAAGAAUGGAACACAUGGAAAGUGCAUAACAAUAUGUACAGAUAAUGGUGUUAAGCAAAACUAAUAAAGAAAAACUUUGAUUUAUC